AAUGCGGGGCCGCGUUGUACAGCGCGGGGCGGGCGGCGCYGCCAAGGAGCGGGGUCUCGGAGCCGGAUCAAGCAGCGGCAUCCCGGAGCGGGCUGCCUGGCAUCGCCGGCCCAGUGCCCCCGUCCCGGCCCCGGCGCUGAGGCGGAGGCGGGGUCGCCCCCRAGCGCGGUGCGGUCGCGGCGGGGCCGAUGCCGCUGCCGGCCGGAGCCCUGCCUCGGGCCAUCGCCGUGCUCUCCUUCUCCGUCGUGCUGAGCGCCCGGGGCGCUGCCCAGCGCCGCCCGGCCCACAGUAAUUUAUCUKCAAACUGUUGGUCCCGUCUUCAUCCUGUGAACAUGUUCAACAGUUAUAAUAUGAAGUUCCACCACAGCAAAGCUCUCACCUCACCAUAUCCAGGAUCACGCAUUGARCGUAGCCAAGUGCCUGAAGAUAAAGUGGGCUGGCUGACUGAGUGGGAAGAYUAUAAUCCCGUGGAGUACACUGCAAAGUCUGUUUUGGCUGGACCCAGUUGGGCAGAUCCCCAAAUCAAUGAUGAAGGYUUUUCUCCCAAAUUCAAUGAAAGAGAUGGAGAAGUGGAGAGGAAGAGUCUGAAUGGCUUGUAUGUGGUUGAAAACGGGAGACCCCGGAAUCCAGCAGGAAGAACUGGCCUCACCGGCAGAGGAUUGUUGGGGCGCUGGGGACCAAACCAUGCUGCAGAUCCUGUUGUAACCAGAUGGAAAAGAGAUGGAAGUGGCAAUAAAGUUGCUCACCCAGUUACUGGCAAGAACAUCUUGCAGUUCGUAGCCAUCAAGAGGAGAGACUGUGGGGAGUGGGCCAUUCCCGGGGGGAUGGUGGACCCAGGGGAGAAGAUCAGUGCUACCCUGAARCGAGAAUUUGAGGAGGAGGCCUUGAACUCUCUGCAGAAAUCACCUGAGGAGAAAGCAAAACUGGAGAAGCAACUCCACAAGCUGUUCAGCCAGGAACAUUUUGUGGUGUACAGAGGAUAUGUGGAUGACCCUCGUAACACUGAUAAUGCCUGGAUGGAGACAGAGGCUGUGAACUAUCAUGAUGAAACAGGUGAGACAAUGGAUAAUUUGCCUCUGGAAGCAGGUGAUGAUGCUGGAAUGGUGAAGUGGGUUGACAUCAGUGAGAAGCUUAAGCUGUAUGCAAGUCACAGCUACUUCAUCAAGCUGGUGACUGAGAAACUGGGAGCCCACUGGAGUGAGGAUCCUGGAUCUGAGUGCCAUAAGUGAUGGAAACUUGGAACUGACAAACACUGAGAGGGGAAUACAUUUAUCAGCCUUGAAACAGAUGUCCUUGUCAUCCUCAGUGGAAAUUCUGUGAAAUUCAGCUGGGAAAAAUACUGGACAGUGAUAAACAGGCUGUUUCAGAGACUUCAGAUUGUUUCUUUUGAUUUCUUAGUGUGAAAUGAGAAGAAUGUGGAGCUCUUGCUUUGCUUUCUUGGCUUCAUCAUUUGCUGCUGUUUCAUAAUGUCUGCAGAUCUGCAUGGCAGYACUGGGAUUCUGUCUGGAGGUAGCUCACAGGCUGUUCACCUCAGCUCUGUAUUUUUGCACUGAUUCCUUGUCAGGACUUUGAAUCCCUAAGGAAUGAGACACUUGCUACAUAAUAAAGUGAAAUUGGUUUUCUGAGUCAUUUCA